CAAUGCGAAGAGAAAAUUGUCAUUCACAUUUCACCAGGAAACUCAAGAAGUCAGGUCUUGUUCAGCCUUUUUUACUAGUUGCAGAGGCUUGGUGUGUUGUCUCAGUAUCUACUUCGUUUGCUGAAAAUGAGUAGCAGCAGUCAGACGUUGCCUCCAAAGGAGGCAACUCUCUUCAAAAGGAUCUUGAGAUGUUACGAAAUGAAACAGUUCAAGGCUGGUCUGAAGUAUGCGAAGCAGAUUCUGUCGAAUUCCAAGUAUGCUGAGCACGGAGAGACGCUGGCGAUGAAGGGCUUGACUCUGAGUUGCCUAGGUCGUAAAGACGAAGCCUACGAAGAUGCUCGUCGUGGUCUCAAAAAUGAUCUGAAGAGCCACGUUUGUUGGCACGUAUACGGACUACUACAGCGUUCAGAUAGGAAGUAUGAUGAGGCCAUCAAGUGCUAUCGUAAUGCUCUCAAGCUGGACACGGAUAAUGUCCAGAUUCUCCGUGAUCUUGCACUGCUGCAAAUUCAAAUGAGAGAUCUUGAAGGCUAUCGGGAAACGAAGUCGCGCCUGCUUCAGUUGAAACCUGGCCAUAAGCCUUCUUGGCUGGGUUUCGGUGUUGCCCAUCACCUACUCAACGAACAAGACCUGGCCAUUCAAAUUGUCCGCGAAUACCACCGUACACAGGCCAAUUUGAAUGGUUACGAGACGAGCGAACUAGUGUUGUACGAGAACCAGUUGAUGCAAAAAAGCAAGCCGCCGAAGCAAGCAAUCGAUCACCUGAGGAGGACUCAGUCCUCUGUGCGCGACUGGCUCAGCCAUGACGAGACUAUGGCGGAUCUACUCUUCAGCGAAGGCCGUCUUAGCGAAGCAGCCGAGGUUGUUGCCGGUUUGAUUGACCGCAAUCCUGAGAGAUGGUCCUACUACAAUCAACUAGAGAACUGCCUCAGCUUGGAGACCGAAGAGGAGCGUGUUGCAAUAUACGACACUGUCCUACAAGAUCACCCAAGAGCUAUGGCACCCAAGCGUCUGCCACUCAACUUUACCACUGGUGACCGCUUCAGAUGUCGCGUCGAGACAUUUAUCCGUUCUGGCCUGCGGAAAGGAAUUCCACAGCUGUUCAACUCUCUUCGGUCGUUGUACUCCUGCCAGGAAAAGGUGGAUGUGAUACAAGAUCUUUGCCUGGGCUUUGCAGAGUGCCUGAAGAAGGAUGGCAAGUGUAAGCCUGACGAUGCCGAAGAGGAACCGCCGUGCACAUAUCUCUGGCUGUUAUUCUUCCUGGCGCAGCACUAUGACAAGCUUGGUAACAACCAGCUUGCUCUGCAGUACAUCACAGACGCAAUUGAGCACACGCCCACUUUGAUCGAACUCUACAUGGUCAAGGCGAAGAUCUACAAGCAUGCCGGCGACUUGAAAUGUGCUGCAUUGUUGAUGGACGAGGCACGUGAGAUGGAUACUGCAGAUCGUUAUGUGAACUGCAAAGCUGCCAAGUACAUGCUGCGCAUCAACAAUGUGGAGCGUGCAGAGGAGCUCUGCGCCAUGUUCACACGGGAGGGCCUAUCGUCAGCGGAGAGCCUGACUGAAAUGCAGUGCAUGUGGUACCUGACGGAAAGUGCCCGUGCAUAUAUGCGGCGCGGAGAGUGGGGAGAGGCCCUCAAGAAAUGCCACGAAAUUGACCGGCAUUUCGAGGAGUUUGUCGAGGAUCAGUUUGACUUCCACACGUAUUGUCUUCGACGAGGAACACUGCGCACAUACACAAGAAUGUUGGCCGUAGAGGACACCAUUCACCAGCAUAAGUUCUUCGGCAAUGGAGCCAAGACAGCAAUUGAAUGCUACCUCCAUCUAUUCGACCAUCCUGUUCAGGAUGAAGCUCAGAAGAAGGAGGAAGAGUUUGCUGGCAUGGACAGUAAGGAGAGAAAGAAGGAGCUGAGCAAGCAGCGCAAGGCAGCCAAGAAACGUGCCCAGCAACAGCAGGAGGCCGAACAGAAGAAGGAGAAGGCCCAGGCACAGAAAGUGGACAAGGAGGAUCGCGAAGAAAAGCAACUCCUGAAGGAGAAACUUGACCCGAAACAGCUCGCAAAGGCCGACAAUCCUCUGGAGCAGGCUAUUAAGUUCCUGAAGCCUCUGCAGACCUUCAGGUCUGAAGAUCCUACCACUCACUUCCUCGCUUUCCGAGUGUAUGCGAAGAAAGGAAAAGUCCUUCCCAUGCUGAAGGCACUAAAGCAAGCAUCACGGCUAGUGCCGGAGCACGCACAGUACCACGCUUGCCUGUGCGAAUUUGCCCUGACAGUGAAGAGAAGGAGUUCAGAGCUUCCCGCCGCUGUUCUGGAGGUUGCAAACCAAGGGCUAAAGGAGCUGACGGCCCACCGUGAUGUCGAAGAGUUGAACAGUGAAUUCCUCAAGGCUCACUCUAAUUCUCUGGAGCAUCGCCUUGCUGGUGGACGUGUUAUAUACCAGGCCGAUGCUUCGCGGCAAGCAGCAGCGUUGGAAGUGGCAACCAACUUGGAUGACAGUCUUGUUG